AUGGGUGUCUGCUCCUCCUGCCUCGGCGGCGGUCGUCGAGAGAGUACCGAUCCCGAGUCCUCACGGUUACUCGAAGAUGAUAUAUAUCAACCGGGAUAUGGCUAUGGGGCGCUCAAUCACAGCCAACAGGGGAAUCAACCUGAUCCAGGAUAUAUAAGGCGCGAACGCGAGGCCCUCGAAGCGAUCUGCCAACGGACGUCAGACUCUGUUAUCGACAUUUGGUCUCUACAACCCCAACCCCAUCUACAGCCCCAAGCAACCCUCCACAAUUCCGUCUCCUCAGCCUCAUCGAAAGCCCGCGAGCCCUCUGUCAUAAUCACAACAGGCGACACGGAUGCGUCAACUGAUACGACCCCGACGAAGCGCGGCGCUGUUCCAAAGCACUGGGGUGAAGUCGUUAUAAACCCGCGCAAGGGCAAACGGUCAAGGCCCGGAUCCGGCGCCGACGAAGAGGGCGACAAGGACGUCUUUGGCGUUUUGAAGGUGUCAUGA